CAGAGAUGCAGUGAAAGGGAGGGAGAAGGAGGGAAGGAAGGAGAAGUGGAAGGCAGAGGGGCAGAUGGAGUGAGGUAGAGACGGGAAGGAAGGAGGAGAGGAGGAUGGCCAGGGAACCGGGGACGGACUGACAGCCUGUGCGGCACAGCAUCUCCCACUGAUUCCCGGGGCUUGGAAGGGUCCCCGGCCAGGCCUGGGUUUGGCUGAGGGCUCGACGCCAGCUUGGGCUGCCUAGGAUUAGGGUUAGGGUCAUCCGUGGUGGGGGUCUCCCUAGCCUGGGACAGGUUAGGCGAGGGGGGACAGGAGAGGACGGGCUAGCAGGGCAUUGUGGAGGCGGGGCUGUAGGGUGUGAGACCAGGUUAAGGCCCAGCUGUAUCGCCCGGCCCUCCUGGCGCCCGCGCAGAUGGAGCCGCUCCUGGCGGUGAAGAUCGGCUGCCUGGUGGCUCUGCUGUUCAUCACCCUUGUCUGUGGCCUCAUCCCGGCCCAGGUCAAGUGGUUCCAAAUCAAAGCGGCUAAAGGGCGGCACCGGCGCAUCCUGAGCUUCAUCGGCUGCUUUGCAGCAGGAGUCUUCCUGGGUGCCUGCCUCAUGCACACAGCGGCCGAUGCGCUGACAGACAUCCAGGGGGAGCUGGGCAAGCGGUUGCAGCAGGCUGCCGCUGGGCAGAACCUGACUGGGACACACAACGACUCGUCUAGGGCCAGUGCCUGUGUGGCUGAGCUGGAUUACCCCUUUGCGGAGCUCGUCAUCUCCCUCGGCUUCUUCCUUGUCUUCCUCACCGAGAGCCUGGUGCUGCACUGCUGCCACGUGGCUCCACCAUCCCAUGGGACCCCGGGCAAGGACCCUGCUUGCUCAGCCCCCAGUGUCCCCUCCGUCCCGCACUCCCACGGGGCCACGGCGCCCAGCGUCCCCUCUGUCCCGCACUCCCAUGGGGUCCCGGUGCCUGGCGGCCCCUCACCUGGCUCCUUCCGGGCCCUGGUGCUCUUCAUCACGCUUUCGCUGCACUCACUCUUCGAGGGGCUGGCGGUGGGGGUGCAGCAGGGCGAGGCGGGGGCCCUCCAGCUCUGUCUGGCCGUGCUGGCCCACAAGGGUGUGAUUGCCUUCAGCCUGGGGCUGCAGCUGGUGCAGAGCGGCACCCGGCCCCGCUGGAGGCUGCUCUACCUGGGCAUCUUCGCCCUCAUGUCCCCCUGUGGCAUGGCCAUUGGCAUCGGGCUCUCGCUCUCAGGCGGGGAGGCCGGUGGACUGGCUAUGGCCCUGGUGGAGGGAGUGGCGGCCGGCACCUUCCUGUACAUCACCUUCCUGGAGAUCCUGCCCCACGAGCUGAGCUCCCACGAGCCGCCCCUGGCCAAGUUCUCCUUCAUCGCCCUGGGCUUCACCGUCAUGGCCACCAUUGCUGUCUGGGCCUGAAGGGGAGGCAGGGCUGAGUGUGCCAUGCCCUGUAGAGACUGACCCCAAACGGCCUGUCCCCUCUAGGGGGCAUCAGCUCCCAUCCGGCCCCAGGGCAGGGACUGGCUGGAUCAGGGGGGUGGGGAAUAGGACAUGGGGCCUUUCCCAUCUAGGGUGGGGACUGGCUGUCUCGGAGGGCUGGGGACAUGGGGCUUUCCCCUCUAGGGGGCGCUGGCUCCCAUCCGGCCCCAGGACGGGGACUGGCUGGCUCGUGGGGCUGGAGACACGGGUCCUUUCCUCUCUGGGGGUGCUGGCUCCCAUCCGGCCCAAGGGUGGGGACUGGCUGCCUCGGAGGUCUGGGGACACGGGGCCUUUCCCCUCUCGGGGGCCUUUAGCGCAGCCAGUACAGGCUCAUGGUCUUCGCAUCAGGGGUGGUAGGUUUAAUUCCCCUCUGCCGGUUACCCAUCCCACGGCAUAGUGUUACAAAGCUGAACUCCCUCCCGCUCUCCAGGGCUACAGCCCAUGGGCAGUGCUGCACCAACCCCUCAGCUCACCCCUUCCUCCAGGGCUGAGGCUGCCAAGGCUGCGAUUGACCCAUGGAACAAACUCCCCGGGGCCUUUCGGGAAGAUGCUUUAGCUAAAUGCCCAUUCCUGGGGGAGCUGGGUGGAAUUUAGCAGCCUGGGCUAGACAGGAGGUCGGACUGCAGCUUGGUGGCCCUCUGAGCGCCCAGCUCAUGGAUGUCUGUUCUUUGAGCCCGUUCGUUCAAUGGAUGUUGCCGCUGAA